CGGAAAUGGAGGAGAGAUCGUCCUCCCUUGGAUCCUGCGAGUUGACUGAUGAGCGCAACACCGCGACCAACUCUGACGAUUGCCAGAAGCCCCUUUUGCUCACGUUCCUGGAUGUGGAGAACGAGCCUGAGGGGGGAGAGUUAGGGAUCGAGGAGGAAGGACAGGAGGACGACGGUGGGUACGAAGUGCCCCAGAUUCAGGAAGCCCCGGAGCCCUCCCCACCCUUCAAGUUCCUCGAGUACAGUGAAUCCGUCCUGUUCCGCAAGGACAGUGAGUCCUUCCAGCCCCCAAGGGCUAGCCAGCCUGUUCAGCCGCCGCCGGUCCGCAGGGAUGAAAAAGAAGACUUGCCUCCCAACGCAGUGCUUACGACCUCUCCAUCUUUGUUGGCCGGCUACUUCCCACGGCUCCGGCUGGGUUCCUUGAGCGGUAGGUCCCCCCUACCCCCCGCGGAAAUCCAUCCAUCUAGAACUUAGCAAGGUCCGUGUUUAAAGACAGUGACCCUUGUGCCGUCUACCCGCCCCUCUUUGCACUGCGAGGACUCCAGUGGGAAGUGGACACCCUGAUCGUGACGGACCCGCAUCACCAUUUCCGGGACGGGAACCUAGGCCAGCGCUCUAGCCCGGAAGCCCUUCUUAAUCCUUCGAGAUUUAGUACGCCGUUGAAUCCUGCUGGGUCACACCUCGACUGUUCCUCACUAUUUUCGCUCGAGACUUUUGUUGUUGUUGUUUUGUAUAAUUCCUCUUACUCUUCAACUAAAGACAGAUCCUCGAA